AUGACUGAGUUUGACGAUUGCAGCCACAGUGCAUCCAAUAUGUAUCUACCAGGGUGCGCUUAUUACGUUUCACCUUCAGAUUUCUCGACGAAGCCCUCUUUUUUGUCGCAAUCGUCUUCCUGUCAAAUGACUUUUCCUUAUUCUUCUAAUUUACCUCAUGUCCAACCUGUGCGAGAAGUGGCAUUCAGGGAAUACGGAUUAGAGCGCAGCAAAUGGCAGUAUAGGGGCAGUUAUGCUCCUUAUUACUCAGCUGAGGAGGUUAUGCAUCGAGACUUUCUCCAGCCUGCUAACAGGAGGACGGAAAUGUUAUUCAAAACGGAUCCUGUGUGCAGCCACCAUGGACCCUCCGCCGCUGCCUCCAACUUCUACAACACGGUGGGAAGGAACGGCAUUCUCCCGCAAGGAUUUGACCAGUUUUAUGAGACAGCCCAUGGACCUCCAUACCAGCAGCAAGCAGAGAACGAGGGGGAAGCGGCCAAGAGUGACUUGAAAACUCAGAAUAGCACUUGUAGUAAAACACCUUCCAGCCAAGAGAAGAAAGUGACAACAGAAAACAGCGCCGGUUCCCCUUCUGGUGAGGCUGUUGCAGAGAAGAGCAACAGUUCAGUUCCCCAGCGAUCAAGGAAAAAGAGAUGUCCCUAUACCAAAUAUCAAAUCAGAGAACUGGAACGUGAGUUUUUCUUCAACGUGUACAUAAACAAAGAAAAAAGACUGCAGUUGUCCAGAAUGCUGAACCUCACUGAUCGACAAGUUAAAAUCUGGUUCCAGAAUCGAAGGAUGAAAGAAAAGAAACUGAACAGAGAUCGACUCCAAUAUUUCACUGGAAAUCCCUUGUUUUGA